AUGACUUUAUAUGACGGUAAUUAUACUGAUAGUGCGACGCUGGACCACAUCAAGCACGUAUUGUAUAACUACGACAGUUCAUUGAGACACCGUAGAGACGCCAACAGGACUGUAGUGGGGGGGUUUACUGAUGAUUUGCUGGGGUUCCUCAACGAGACGGAGCGCUACGGCGAGUGGCUCCGCUACUGGGACGCGGGGGCCUGCGGGGGCGCGGGGGACGCGGCGGGGGGCGGGGGCGACCCCCGGUACGUGAAGCGACACAUCCACCACGGACUAUUGCUGGAUGCGGACGUGCCGGAGACGCACUGGUUCGAGUACAAGUCGGUGUUCAAGAAGCGCUACCGCACGGGGCGGCACGAGGCGGCGGCGCGGCGGCGCUGGCGCGACAACGCGCGGCACGUGGCGACACACAACCGGCAGUUCCUCGCCGGGAGAAAGGGGUUCGCGCUGCAUCUCAACCACCUCGCUGACUUCGGUCCCUCGGAGUACACUCGGCGCAUGCUGAAGCUGCUGGAGACACCUGACCUGCCGGACCCCGCGCUCGACCCGCGCCGCCGCGCCCUCGCGCGCCCCCGCCACCCCGCGCCGCGCAGUGUGGACUGGCGGUCGCGCGGGUUCCGGCCGCGGCGCGCGCGGCAGGCGGCGUGCGGCGCGUGCUACGCCUUCGCGGCCGCGCACGCGCUGCAGGCGCAGCUGUACCGCCGCGGGGGGCGCUGGGCCGACCUCAGCGCGCAGCAGAUCGUGGACUGCAGCGGCGCGGACGGCAACGCGGGCUGCGCGGGGGGCUCGCUGCGCGCCGCCUUCCGGUACAUGACUCGCGAUGGACUGCACACCGAGGCAGACUACCCUUACCGGGGAAAAAGAGGCGUGUGCCGCGUGGGUCCGUGGUGGCGGGCGCGCGCGCGGCGCUGGGCGCUGCUGCCCGCGGGGGACGAGGCGGCUCUUGAGCGCGCGGUGGCCGCCGUGGGGCCGCUCGCCGUCGCCGUCAACGCCGCGCCGAGGUCCUUCCAGCUCUACCGGUCUGGCAUCUACGACGACCCGCUGUGCGCGCCGUGGGUGCUGAACCACGCCAUGCUGCUGGUGGGCUACUCGCGCGACCACUGGACGCUGCUCAACUGGUGGGGGCGCCACUGGGGCGAGGACGGAUACAUCAGAAUUCGCCGAGGCCUCAAUAUCUGCGGAGUCGCGAACAUGGCUGCGUACGUGGAGCUGUAAUAAUGUUAAGGAAUACUGUUAAUAAAUAAUCAAAGUAUAAAA